AUGGCAAUAAGCAAGUUAAUGUCAUUUCUAGUAAUCAUUGUAUCGGUUUGGAGACUUUCCCAUGGUGAUUGCAGCCUUGAAGCUAACAUGAUCGACAACCUAAUGAAGUGCAAACCUGCCGUUGCUCUAACAAAUCCCGAAAACCCAACAGCCGUGUGUUGCACGAUGGUGCAGAGUCUGAAACAAGAUGAUAUUCAAUGUCUGUGUGAUUACAAGGUUAACAAGGGAGAUUUGUUGCGACUGGCUGGGGUUGAUCCUGAUCGUUGUACUCAACUUCCUAAGUUGUGUGGCCUAGACAUGGUUGCUGACUGCUGA